AUGCAGACGUCUUCUACAAACAUUUGUGAAAGAAUGGCAAUAAGUCCAUCCUUAAAAUUCCCUUGCUACUAUAUAUUCCACGGUCAACUGUUAGUGGUAUAACAGAGUGGAAGCAACUGAGAACAACAGUAACUCAACCACAAAGUGGUAGGCCACGUAAAAUGACAGAGCGGGGUCAGCGCAUGCUGAAGUGCACAGUGUGGAGAAGUCUCCAACUGUCUGCAGAGUCAUUAGCUAAAGACCUCCAAACUUCGUGUGGCCUUCAGGUUAGUACAACAACAGCAGUGCAUAAAGAGCUCCAUGGAAUGGGUUUCCAUGGUCGCAUCGAAGCCUUACCUCACUAAGUGCAAUGCAAAGCUUCGGAUGCAGUGGUGUAAAGUAUGCCACCACUGGACUCUAGAGCACUGGAGACGUGUUCUCUGGAGUGA